CUCUCUCGGUCCUUUUUUUAGCACCUACAGUUUGUCUCUCUCCUCUACGCCGGAAAACCAAUUUCCCCGGCCGUUUACCGUUUCCCGUUCGGCGAAUAGAUUCCGUUUCUCGUCGAGAAUAGCUUCUAUUCUUCCUCUGGUGGAUAGUGUAUGGGUUGAUUUUCGAAGUUUUGUUUGACUCGGCUACGCGGCGAUUCGGAUCUCCGCGUUUGACUCGGUCCUGGCUCGUUUCGCGGCGUUUUCGUAGAAUGUGGUUUACCGUGUUUGCAUGCCAGGCUUUGUAUUGAAUCCGCAGGUCAAGAUCGUGAUCUAGGGUUUCGUCUCUGUUAUUUUUCUGUGCUUUGCUUGUUGUGGUUGGUUUUUUUCAAUCCGUCGAGGGAAAACGGAAGCUUACGGAGACAGAUUUUACGGAAUGCUAUGGCUGAAAGGAGGGUCUGCUUGUCGAAAGAGGCUAAAGAUGGGUUAGAAUACCUGAAACGUAAAAGGCUUCAAAAAAUGAGAUCAGACUCUGUCAAUGAAACAGUAGACUUCAGCACAAUGGUUAGGAGUGGAGGUGAUGCGUUGAGACCAUCUUCAGCAUCAUGUGGAAUGAGAUUACGGGUAAUUGCUAGUGACACAGUAUCUACAGUGAAUGGUGGAUUUACUGGUAAGGGUGCCUUAUUGAAGGAAAAGGUGGAGAAGGUUGAGACAGAAGAUCUAAAAUGGACCGAGAGGCUUCCAGAAUGUCCUGUCUACAGACCGACAAAGGAUGAGUUUGAGGAUCCUUUGACUUAUUUGCAGAAGAUUUUUCCAGAAGCUUCAAAAUAUGGUAUCUGCAAGAUCGUAUCUCCUAUGACAGCAACAGUUCCUGCAGGCGCUGUGUUGAUGAAAGAGAAAUCGAACUUUAAGUUCACUACCAGAGUACAACCCCUUCGACUUGCUGAGUGGGAUUCUGAUGAUAAAGUUACAUUCUUCAUGAGUGGGAGGACCUACACAUUUCGUGAUUAUGAGAAAAUGGCGAACAAGGUAUUUGCACGUAGAUAUUGCAGUGGUGGCUCUUUGCCCGACUCAUUCUUGGAGAAAGAAUUCUGGAAGGAAAUUGCAUGUGGCAAGACUGAAACAGUUGAGUAUGCGUGUGAUGUAGAUGGUAGCGCAUUUUCAUCUGCACCAGGUGACCCGCUAGGAAGCAGCAAAUGGAAUUUGAAUAAAGUUUCGAGGCUGCCUAAGUCUACCUUGCGCCUUCUUGAAACAUCCAUUCCGGGAGUCACUGAACCGAUGCUUUACAUCGGAAUGCUGUUUAGUAUGUUUGCUUGGCAUGUUGAGGAUCAUUAUUUGUACAGCAUUAACUAUCAACAUUGUGGAGCAUCCAAAACUUGGUAUGGGAUUCCAGGUUCUGCUGCUCUUAAAUUCGAAAAGGUGGUUCGAGAGUGCGUGUACAAUGAUGAUAUUUGCUCAACGAAUGGAGAAGAUGGAGCCUUUGAUGUGCUUCUUGGGAAGACUACUAUAUUCCCUCCAAAGAUUCUGUUGGACCAUGAUGUGCCUGUGUACAAGGCUGUACAGAAACCUGGAGAGUUUGUCGUUACAUUCCCUAGGGCUUAUCAUGCUGGUUUCAGCCACGGCUUUAAUUGUGGUGAGGCAGUGAACUUUGCGAUGGGUGACUGGUUUCCUUUUGGAGCUAUUGCUAGUUGCCGGUAUGCACAUCUUAACAGAUUGCCAUUGCUUCCUCAUGAAGAAUUGAUUUGUAAGGAAGCAAUGCUUUUAAAUUCAAGUUCCAAACCCGAGAAUCUGGAUUUUACACCUGCGGAAUUGUUAGGACAACGAAGCAUCAAGACUGCGUUUGUGCACCUGAUUCGUUUUCUCCAUCUGGCUCGAUGGUCUCUAAUGAAGUCAAGAUUAUGCACAGGCCUUGUUUCGAACACAUAUGGAACCAUUGUAUGCAGUUUGUGUAAAAGGGAUUGCUAUUUGGCGUUUAUAAACUGCGAUUGCUACUCACAUCCCGUUUGUCUCCGCCAUGAUGUUAAAAAGCUUGACCUUCCAUGCGGGACAACACGUACUCUUUUCUUGAGAGAUAACAUUAAAGACCUGGAAGCUGCUGCAAAGAAGUUUGAGGAAGAAGAUGAAGUUUCAGAUAUGAUUUCAACUGAUGAAGAUUUAUACACGUAUCCAUCGCCAAUCACACUUCCAGCUGCAAAAGACGCUGGAUAUUCACCGUAUUCCAAUAUAUACUUUGACUUCAAUACCGAGUUAGAGAUGACAUCUAAUUGCCAGUUGCAACCUGGAAAUCCUGUCAUGAGCUACGAAGCGAAUGCUUCAUGUAUCUCCUCGGUUGCUGAUGAUUACGAAUGCUCAACAACUGCUGAUUACGUAAAUAAACGAGCUAACUAUAGUAGCAGUAUCGACUCUAAGCUCUCUGAAGAAGUAGCUAGCAGCAUUAACAGAAAAACUCGGUUCUUCUCUGCGGUUCAAGAUGAAAUAGUCGCGGAUCAGGAAAGCGACGGUUCUGAUUCCGAGAGUUUCAGAGUCAAACGCCGUUCGUCGUUGAAAUUCGAGAACCCAACAGUUAUUCUUGACACAAGAGACUCUGAGCAUCAUCAGGAACUAAAAAGAUUGAAGAGAUCGCAGAACUACCACGAAGGCAGAUAUAGUAGUAGCAGUAUUAUUAGCAAGCAAGAAGAAGAAGAAGUGUUAGUAGUUUCAAACAUAAAAGAAACUCAGCAGCAAAGUGACGUGAAGAAGAUGCUGAAGAAUGAGAAUCAUUUUGGUGGGUUUAAACGUCUGAAAGUGAAAGGGUUGAUAAAGCCGUAACGUGACAGCUUCAGUUUCCUCCUAACUACAAUUUUUUUUUUACAAUUGCUGAUCUCUAACAAUACAGGCAAAAAGGGAAUCAAAAGCAAAAUAUUCGAUAUCUGAUUUUAUUAUUAUUUUUUUCUAUUAUGGGAGAAGAAGGAGAAGCAACAGACAAAAGAAGGGGAAAAAAGCAUUAACCAAAGCCAACCAACAACACUAUUGGUUUUCUUUUUAGGAUUUACCAAAUCUUUGAUUCUUUGUGCACAUCUGUACACACCUUUUAACUCUUCUAGUUCCUUCUUCUUUUCAUGUUACG